UUCAGUUCUAUUACACACUCACACACAUGCAGAUGCAAAUGUAAUUGCAAUUGCCGUCUAUAAUUCACGCACGCAUAGAGAACACUCGCGAAAGGAGUGCGAACACAGAACUCAUUUAAAAAAAAGAAGGGGCAAAAACAUCUAUAGAAAGAGUAAAAGUGAGAUUUGAGCAAAGAAUCAAUACAUAAUUAUGGCAGCAAUUAAUAUAAACAAAUUGUUAAGUAAACAAAAGAUAUAAGAAGAAACAGGUGCAAGUGUUGGUUGGUUGGUGUGUGGAGCAUCUAGGGGAUUUAGACAGAUAGACAAUAAAGCAGCGAGACGGCCGCGAACAGAGCGAAGCAAAGCAGAACUCACAACCAGCACGCAAAUUCAAUACAGGCAGUGAGCAGCAGCAGCAGCAGCAUUAUCAAUAAUUGGAAAAAGAAGGAGGCGUAUUACUACUAUUCUACUCGACGACACAAAAAGUAUUCUUGAUGUGAAAGAUGCAUAAAUUAUAACUUUUAAAUACGUCGAAUUUUUUUAUUAAUAAACAAAUCACGUCCGAUCGCGGAGUAAAUGUCAGCGAAAACUCUCGAAGGCCUUUGAUUAAAAACUAAAUAUUAAAAAUAUUAUGGAAUUUGUGAGACUACUUAAGGAUUAUACCAAGCUCAAUUACUCCAAAACGCAUCACAAUUGACUGAGCUGAGGCAAAUUUCAGUCUUUUUUUAGUAGUAGUUCUUUGUUUCUUUGCGCUCACUACGUUUUUAGGCCAUCUAAGUUCAAUUACCUUUUUCCCCCUUUUUGAGGAAGAGUGGAAAAAAACAAAAAACAUAUUUUCUGCCUUUGGAUUUUGCAUUUGGAUUUGGUGUCACGUAAAGCACGAACACAAAAGUGGAGCAUUUUUCAAUUUGCCCAAGAACGGCGACGGCGAUUACAACGACGGCUACAGCAUAAUGUGGAAGUGUCACAAAUGCGGCAAGCCCGUAUAUUUUGCGGAGCGCAAACAAUCAUUGGGCUAUGAUUGGCAUCCUGAAUGUUUGCGCUGUGAAGAAUGUGGCAAACGCUUAAAUCCCGGACAACAUGCUGAGCAUAAAGGUGUGCCUUAUUGUCAUGUGCCAUGCUAUGGUGCCCUGUUUGGGCCGCAACUUUUUGGCCAUGGUACUCGUGUGGAGUCACACAAAAGCUUUGGCAAUAAGUCAUUGCAAAGGCCGGGACAACAAAAUGGCCCAACAUUGCCUAGAGAUCACUUGGAAUCAAAAGUCAAGGUCUAUAACCAAUUUUAUGACAAUAAAAGCAUGGAAGUGCGUAGCAGGGAAGUUAACAACCGCCUGAUAUUGGAGGGAGCCUUGCGCGUCUACUGGGGAGUGCAAGGGGUUAUUCAUUUAAAAGAAGAUGAUGAUCAGCGAACAUUUGUGGUGCGCAAACGCAACUCUUGUCGUAUGUCCAAGGCAGAUCAUGACUCUUCUGACAAGGAAAACAACGAUGGCAGUGAGUCGUUAGAAGUUGGCACAACAACCAGUGACCAAGUGGAUGCCAUCUCCACCGACAUAUCACUCACCGAAAGUAUGUCAUUCGAUUCGUGUAGUUUAAAUGAAUUUCCCGAUUUACCAACAACCCCUGAAGAAGCAUCCGCCAAUACCACAGGCACACAAACGUUAAGCAAUGGCAUCGAUGGCACUGAGGAGGAUACAUCUUCAACAACAACAGCCACUCUGUGUGGCGAGGAACAAUGCUCUUCCCUUAAUUCGACUACAACGAAUACCACAACUGCGGGUACCAAUGGUGUUAGCUCAACGUUGCCUUCAAAAUUGGAUAAAUUGGUAAAAUUGGAAUGGGACGAAAUCGAUGAUCUAUUGCAAGUGGAACGACGUGUUAACGAAAAGGAUAGAAUCUAUGAAACUAUGCCUGUGCGUUUACCCUCAACAUCACCACAGAAUUCUUCAUCGUCCACACCCACAUCGGAUAGCUCGAAAACGGUGUCGCAUCAAAACAGUACGGAUACCACAAAUGUGGAAGAUUUGACAUCGUCGAAAAACUCUACCCCGUCCUCCUCCACCUCGCCUGCGUCAUCUCCGUCUUCCGCUACCACAUCCAAUAAUACCACUUCCUCGGAUAAUUUUCUAACGGCCACUGCCUCUAUGACCACCACCACCAGCACAACAGAUGCCACGACCACCAACAAUGCCACUACUUCUACCACCACAGUAGAUAAUUAUGAGACAUCGGAUGAUGCCACCUUGAAGCCCAUGGACUUUGAAGAUUUCAAACGCAGCGUCCAUCAGGACUAUGUGAAUGGUGCCAAUUCAUUUCAAGAACACAAUGAUGACACCCUUAAGCGUAAUCAGCCCAUAGACCCUUCCCGCAUACAUGAUUCCCUGAAGCUGUACAACACUUCAAGCGAUAAUCCCAUGAGUAAAAGUUUUAAUUGUGAGCAUGCCUUGCGCUCUAUAGAUGCCUCAUACAUAAACGAUACUCUGGCCCGGGCUAGUGCUGGUGGUUCGCCACAAAAGCGUUCUCCCUAUGUUUUGCAGAAAAGUGGUUCAGCGCAGGCGCACAGUGUUACAAAUGGUCGUUUCGAGAAGGGCAUUAAUCGCUCUAAAUCUGGACCGUCAUGCAUUGUGUACUCAUCCAGCGAUGAUGAUGAUGACUCCACUUUGAAGCCCCAGAGAAGGGCUGGAGGAGCUAUAGGUCCAGGUGAUCAUAUUUCUGCGACUGUGCGCAAAAGUGAUAUACCGCCGCGCUUCAUACAAAUCAAUAUGAAUUGUUAUCCCAAGGAGGGUGCCGCCAGUGAUUGUGACUCCAGUCAAAGGGCAUCACAGAACACAUCACAAAGCCAAAGUGGUGCCGCCGCAGGCGAUGAAUUGACGCAAACAGAUGAAAUGUUUACGGCUACCGUAGGUGAGACCUACACAAAGAGCAGGCAUCAGGACGAUGACGAGGAGCAUCCUUUACAUAUCACAGAGGAUGGUGUGGUGCUAAGAAGACCACCACGUACGGGAGCCGCUGCCAUAAAGAGGCGUAGUGGCAACAGAAGAUCACGUACAAAACUCAAGCGUCGCUGUUCCAUUAAUGGACAUUUUUAUAAUCGUGAAACUUCAUUUUUUACCCCUCCCUAUGGAUCGCAAAUGUCCGUUUGGGUAACAUCGCUGGUAACCACUCACGAGGUUAUCAAUUUACUCUUGGAGAAGUAUAAAGUGGACAGUGCCGCCGAGAAUUUUUCAUUGUUUAUAAUUCGUGAUAAUGGAGAACAAAAACGCCUCAAGGAGAAUGAGUAUCCAUUGAUUACACGCAUCACCUUGGGACCACAUGAGGAUGUAGCAAAGCUAUUUUUGGUUGAUGCCAAGAAAACCGAUGAAAUAAGCAAUGAAGUUGCUCAAUUUUUGAAUUUAUCAUUACCAGAAUGUCGUGCAAUUCUAGAGCGUUACGAUCAAGAAUUGGAUCGAGAAGUUACCAAAGUUAAAGAAAAAUAUGCUGAAUUACGUCGCCGUAUUACUGCUCGAAUGGAAUCUCUCAAAGUUCAUUUAUAAACUCCUUUCAUAUUUCUAUACAUCCGCUUGCACCUAAGCAGCCUUUUCUCUAUGCAAUUUAUUUCCAUUUUUCUAUACAGGGCAACAUAUGUUUUCAGUGUUGUAUGUGUUAAUUUUUCCAGUUUCUUUUUUCGUGUUUGUUUAGUUUAAUCGCAACAUUUUUCUUAAUGUACUCAAAAAAAAAAAAAAAACCUUAAGGAUAAUGGCCAAAAGUGCAUAUUAUUUGUAGAGCAGUAUUCUUAAUGUCAAAAACACAAAGUCCGCUUUCGAACAAUCCAACCAACAGUGUCAUGGUUUUUUUUUAUUAUUAUUAUUAUACACUUUUUCAACCUAAUAUAUUAAAUAUAUAAAAAAAAAUAUAAAGUUAAGAA